AGCGUUGCGAUCGCGAGAUCGUACAAAAUGGCGGUGGAAGUCAGAUCGUUGAACGACUCGAGACAAUGCGGAGGUGUAUAGCCGUCCUUUAGCCAUGUUCUAUCGUCGCGUUCGCGGCAGUGUUGUGCGAUAAUGAGGUUCGCGAAUGCAAGACUCGAUUCGUCGUUUGACAGGAGACGGUGAGGCAAAGGAAUUGGCAUGUGUUCUCUCGCUAGAACAUUGUAUGCUCGUGCAGCGAUCGCGUGAAGAAAUUACAGUGGGUUUUCGUACGCGUCGGAGUCUGUGACACCCGCUGGCCCAAUGGAGCCGCGUAUUCUCGCUGUCCUGUUGGCUUUGUUGACAUUCGUCGUACUGGCUAGUGCAGGUGGUUUGUUCUUCACUAUCGAGCCGCGCGAUGUAGUCGUCGAGCAAGGAGGUCCAGCGAGAUUGGAUUGCGAAGCAAAAAGUAGUUUUGGGGAACCAAUUAUACAGUGGCGAACCGACGAUGGUCAACCAAUUAAUUUUAUUGGGGACAGUUAUCGAUCUCAGCUAGCAAAUGGAACCUUAUAUAUUAAUAGCGUUUACAGUAGUAGUCCAGAAUUGACUGGAAGCUAUCAGUGUUUAGCUUCCAUAGAUAAAGUUGGGGCAAUUGUUUCUCGACCAGCUACAAUUAAACUUGCAAGUUUACCAGGAUUCGAAAAGGAACCUCAAGACACAAUGGUUUAUCCAGGGCAAAUUGCAUAUUUAAGUUGCAUGCUCCCUUCAUCCUCUAGCUCGUUAAGUAUACAGUGGUUAAAAGACGAACAUCCACUAGUGCUCGAUGGUAGCCGAAUGACAGUUUUACCAUCAGGUGCAUUGGAGAUUGAUGACGUUAACAUACAAGAUAUUGGAUCGUACAGAUGUAACGCUAGUAGUUAUGGACAAUAUAGACUCAGUAAUAAAGCACAAUUAGGAUUAUUGACAAGCGAUAUUGAUCAAGAAAGCACACCACCAGUCUUCAUUGCUAAACCGUUGCAACAAGAAGUUAUCGAAGGAUCCACGGUAACCCUCGAGUGUGCUGCUAAUGGUUAUCCAAAGCCAAGUAUACUUUGGUUGAAAGAUGGUGUUGCGAUUGAUUUUGCAUCUCUCGAUUCUAGGUACCGUCAAGUUGCUGCAUCCAGUCUUGUAAUUAGUAAUGUACGAGAAAUAGAUGACGGUUCAUAUCAAUGUCGUGCGGAAAACGAAGUCGAAACAUUGGAUGCAGCCGCUGAUUUAAUUGUACAAGUCCCACCAAGAUUUAUAAAAAUGCCAGAAGAUAAGGUAGCUAGCGAGCAUCAAGAUUUAGAAUUUGAAUGCGAAAUCUAUGGGAAGCCAGAGCCAAAAAUUACCUGGCUCAAAAAUGGAGAGCGUAUCACUUUCAGUGAAUACUGGCAAAUCAUAAAUGGUAGUUACCUUAGAAUUAACGGCCUACUAGCUAUAGAUGCUGGAAUUUUUCAAUGUAUCGGAACAAAUUCUGCCGGAAGUAUACAAGCUGCAGCACGUCUAACAAUUAAUCAACCUAGAAAGGCAAAUUCCCAUAGGACAACUACUCCAAAGACAGCUCCCAAAAAAAAAUUACUGUUGCAUCGUCAAUUGUACAAUAAAACGUGGCAACAUCCGAGCACUCUUUUGGGCCACACGCUAUCUGCGUUCACACCCAAUCCACCGCUUUCCAUUAGUCCCUCCGACGAUCCCGCGGAUCUUCCUGGGUCUGUUAGAUUUCCCAAUUCCUUUUACGACCCGAAAUCCCCUUUUGUAGGCGACACAUACAGCCUGGAGUCGAAAGAAGGAAGCGUCCCGUCAGCUCCAAGGAGUCUAAGCCUCGUCAUUGUCACCGCCAGAUUUGUAACUUUACGGUGGCAAGAACCAGAAAGCACAAACGGAGAUAUUCUAAAUUACUAUAUUUAUUACAAACAAGAAGGUGCUCAAAGAGAAAGAAUACAUUCGCAACUAAAAUUAGAAGCAAUGAUAUCGGGGUUACAACCCAGCACGACGUAUGAAUUUCGAGUGGUUGCUUUAAAUGCGAGAGGUCCUGGAAUGUCGAGCGAUGUAUUACAAGUCACUACACUUACAGAGGCCAAUGUUCCCGGACCUCCACUGAACUUGGAAGGCUAUGCGACAAGCAGCGUGAGCAUUGCUUUAUCUUGGGAGAAGCCACAAGUUGUUAAUGGCAGAAUUUCUAAAUUCAUAAUCACAUUUGUAGAGGGUGACAAUGAGGAAGUAACGCGUGAAACCAUUAGUACCAUGCACGAAUUGGUAGAUCUCGUGCCUUAUACAGAAUACAGUAUUAGAGUUCAAGCUGUAAACGAGAACGGCCCUGGCGCGUUUAGUAGAGAUAUUAUAGUGCGGACUUACAGUGCACAGCCUACUCAACCACCACACAAUGUUACAGUAGAACCAGCUAGUCCUACAAGUAUUAUAAUAAGGUGGGAACCACCACUCGAAGGUCAAAAUGGAAUUAUCACUGGUUAUAAAAUCCGUUAUCGUCGACAAGAUCGAAGUUCACAGCCGGUCACUAUAACGACUGAAGGAAAUCAACGAUCAAAAGUGCUAACAGGACUUGAGAGACAUGUUGGCUACCAAGUUCGUAUAUGUGCCUUAAAUGUGAACGGAACGGGACCUUGGACAGAAUGGAUACAGAUCGAGACGUAUGAAACUGAGUCGGAUGAAAAAAGAGUACCAAAUACACCCAGCAAUUUAAGAACAAAAGUGAUGUCAGAUUACAUACAAGUGUAUUGGAACCCACCAAAGGAUCAAAGUAUUAAAGUAAAAGGAUAUAAACUUGGUUGGGGAAAAGGUGUCCCUGAUGUUGAAAUACAACUUAUUGAUGGGAAAGAACGUUCUUUCACUAUAGAGCAAUUAGAACCAAUGACAGAGUACGUUAUAUCAUUAAGAGCAACGAAUGAUGCCGGUGACGGUCAACCUGCAUAUGCAAAUGUCAGAACAACCGAACGUUCUGUGUCUGAAUCUUCUGUGCCUUUGAUACCACCGGUUGGUCUUAAAGCUGCCGUUCUCUCGGAUACUACAGUAGUACUAUAUUGGACUGACACAACAUUAUCAAAAUCUCAAGUCGUAACGGAUGAUAGAUAUUACGUGGUGCGUUACACGCAUCAUCAUAGCAGCAGCCCACGCUAUAAAUAUCAUAAUGCCACUGAUCUUAAUUGCAUGAUACAUGAUUUGAAACCGAACACGCUGUAUGAAUUUGCAGUAAAACUUGUUAAGGGGAAGCGAGAAUCGCCAUGGAGUAUGGUUGUUUCGAAUCAGACUCAAGAAGCUGCACCGAGUUCUGCGCCAAGGGAUUUGAUAAUACAAAGUAUCGAAGACCGUCCAGUAUCGGUUUUACUACGAUGGCAACCCCCUAAACAACCUAAUGGACCAAUUACAGGAUAUAUUAUUUUUUAUUCUACCGAUAAUACAAAGUGGGAUCGCGACUGGUUAAUCGAAGCUGUUAUCGGCGAUAAAACUGAAUUCAUUGUGAAGAGCCUUAAACCGAGUACAACUUAUUACUUCAAGAUACAAGCACGCAAUUCGAAAGGAUAUGGCCCAUUUUCUACAACUGUGCCAUUCAAGACACCUCAAAGCAAUGGCAUGGAUGUCUAUGAUGAAUUACAUGAUCGAGAUGGACGAGGACUCUCGAAUAUACUAAUUUAUAUUAUUGUGGGCUGCUCUAUUGUUCUCAUUACUGGUGUAGCAGUUGUAGUGGUAGUGAUGUGCUGUAAGCGAAAUCCGGACACGCCUGAUCGAAAAAAGAGUUACAUGAAAGAUGUGAAUCAAAAGACAAACAUCAAGCCACCAGAUUUGUGGAUUCAUCAUGAUCAGAUGGAGCUUAAAGCUCUUGAGAAGUCUUCGAUAAACGGAGAGGCGUCUACUAGUGGUGUGGCUAGUAACACGCUUCCUAGACCAAGUAAUCAGGAUUAUAAUCAAGAGAAUGUCCACGGAAACUCUAGUUCAUUGGAUAAGCGUACUUACGUACCAAGUUAUAUGGGUAACACUGACGAGAAGUGCUCAACCCUGAGCAGGCAGCAUAGUCGAGGAAGCCACAAACCUAAACUCAUUACACUUCCUGUUGACAGUGCGUCUUUACAUCAACCAAUAGCAACGGCAACACCGAUCGUGAAUACAAGUAUGUCGCAGCCAACGAUACAUACUUCCUGCAGUGACACGCCAUCCGUGAGACAAAAUUAUCCACGAACAGUGGCACAGUAUAGCUUAAGUCGAGCUCACAUUACGUUGGAGCCAACACCCGAAUCAAGUCCAGAUUCUUGUAACAUCUCGAGUUCUUACGAGCCGUUGCAGAGCCAACAAUUAUCGUACGGCACCAGCGGCCAGCCGUAUACCGGGAGUACUCAAUACGCUCCGGGUCAUUAUGGUAACAGUAAUCAACCAGCGAGUGGUAGCGGAGGAACAGACGGUAGUGGCAGCAGUAAAAGGUUGCAGGGUCAUCCUUUGAAAAGUUUUAGCGUGCCAGCACCUCCACCUCAAUCUGCGCCUUCGACACCGGCUCAACAAAAACAUGGUGUUUCUCAAGUUACCGUAAGACCCACGAUGUCUGGCAGUCCGUAUAAGAAGCCACAAAGUUCUACGCAAUUAGCAAAGAAUCGAUUAGCUUCGGUUUCGAAUCCGGUACACACAUCGGAAGAAGUUGAACGGUUAAAGCCUUCUUACAGUACUGAAGAACUGAAUCAAGAGAUGGCUAAUUUAGAGGGUCUCAUGAAAGAUUUAAAUGCCAUAACAGCGUCUGAGUUUGAGUGUUAGAAGGGGUUCCUAAACCUUGUGCCAUCUCAAUUCGAUAGACUGCAAUGAUACAUUCUCAAUGUUAGUAUCUGAGAGACAGGUAUGACGAUGACAUUACACGAUGAAACUCUUCGAAAAGAUCAUGUUUAGGCGUACGGAAAUACAAUGCAAUUGGCAAUGGAUAUUCGAGGAGCCGAUGAACGGCGUUAAAAUCGAACAUCCUAAACAGUUUGCCUGAAAAUUAUCAUCCCAGUGUCAUUGGACUAGAUCGAGUGUUUCCUAGUCAAUUUGCUUUUUCCUCCGGUACUAACGUUGCCUUUUUUUUUUACGGCGAAACACAAAGUAUACUUGCCAAUGUAAUUUGACACUGCCACAUUUUUAUAGUAACCUUGCAUUCUGCAAGUUCGUGGUGGUCAUACAUCUGGAAAGUGUUAAA